AUGUCUUUUCACACGCCCUGCUGCGGUCUGCAAGGAAGCGUUACAGUCUUCAAGUCUAUUGAUGUGUGCAUGCACUUGUACGCCCCAGACGGCUCGUAUCUGAACCAGCCAUAUGCCCAUGAUCCCCAUUACCUCUUGGAAAAGGAUCAUCUGCUGGCAUCGGCCGUGAUAUGCCCCCGGUCUGUUCCCGAGGUCCAGGAGAUUGUCAAGCUGUCCAACCAGUUCCAGAUUCCUCUCUGGCCAAUCUCGAUCGGUCGGAAUUCUGGCUAUGGAGGCGCAGCCCCGCGUCUCCGCGGCAGCGUGGUCGUCGAUCUGGGACGGCACAUGAAUCGCAUCCUGGAAGUCAAUGUGGAAGGGGCCUAUGCGCUCGUCGAGCCAGGGGUUACGUUCAAGAACCUCCAUGAUUAUUUGGUCCAACACAACCUAAGAGAUAAGUUGUGGAUCGAUGUACCGGACUUGGGAGGCGGCUCUGUCAUGGGGAAUUGUCUGGAGAGAGGGGUUGGGUACACCCCAUAUGGAGACCAUUGGAUGAUGCAUUGCGGCAUGGAGGUUGUCCUCCCAAAUGGCGAGUUGCUCCGGACCGGCAUGGGAGCGAUGCCACAGCCACGGAAUCCCGGAGACAAACCCGUCAGACUGGAUGAGGAACCGGGAAACAAGUGCUGGCAACUCUUCCCGUACGGAUUUGGCCCGUACAACGACGGGCUCUUCUCUCAGGGCAGCGUAGGGAUUGUGACCAAGAUGGGGAUCUGGCUCAUGCCCAAUCCCGGCGGAUACCAGGCCUACCUGAUCACGUUCCCCAAGGAGGAAGAUCUGCACAAGGCUGUGGACAUCAUCCGACCCCUCCGGCUCAAUGUCCCCACCAUCCGUCACAUCCUGUUGGACGCAGCAGUGAUGGGGAAAAAAUCCGACUACACCUCGUCGAACGAGCCCAUUGAUGAUGCGGGGCUGGAUGCAAUUGCCAGAAAGCUGAACCUCGGAAGAUGGAACUUCUACGGGGCUCUCUACGGACCGGAGAAAACCCGGAACAUGCUCUGGGGGAUCAUCAAAGAAGCGUUCUCGGCCGUCGAAGGCGCCCGGUUCUUCUUUCCGGAGGACAUCCAGGAAUACUGUGUCCUCCAUACCAGGCACCAGACGCUGCAGGGCAUCCCCACGUUCGACGAACUCAAGUGGCUCAACUGGGUCCCCAACGGCGCCCAUCUGUUCUUCUCUCCGAUCAGCAAGAUCUCUGGCGAUGAUGCGAUGCUGCAGUACUCCGUCACCAAGAAACGAUGCCUGGAAGCAGGGCUGGAUUUCAUCGGCACGUUCUGCGUGGGCAUGCGGGAGAUGCAUCACAUCGUCUGCAUCAUCUUCGACCGGAAAGACCCCGCGUCGAGACAGAAAGCGCACUGGCUGAUCAAGACGCUGAUUGCGGACUGCGCGGCGCACGGCUGGGGCGAAUACCGCACCCACCUGGCGCUCAUGGACCAGAUCGCCGAAACGUAUAACUGGAACAGCAACGUCUUGAUGCGCUUCAAUGAGACCGUCAAGAACGCGCUCGAUCCCAAGGGCAUCCUGGCUCCCGGGAAGAACGGCAUCUGGCCGUCAUCGUACCCGAGACAGCUGUACAAGUUGUAUGGUUAA